AUCCUCCCUGGCUCCAGCCAGCCCUGGGCUGUAACUGCAGCAAGCCGACAACCUCUCACUCUGCCAUCUCAGACGCCCACCCUGACCCCAGCCUGCGCUUGAUGGUGACCGGCAGGCCAGCCAGCAACAUGAGGCUGGCUUGUGUUCUGCUGCCACUGCUGCUACAGGCCUGCUGGGUGGCUGCACAGGACGUCCUGGGGCCCCCCAAGGCCAUCGCCUUCCAAGACUGCCCUGUGGAUCUAUUCUUCGUACUGGACACCUCAGAGAGUGUGGCCUUGAGGCUGAAGCCCUAUGGGGCCCUGGUGGACAAGGUGAAGGCCUUCACCAAACGCUUCAUCGACAACCUGAGAGACAGAUACUACCGGUGUGACAGAAACCUGGUUUGGAACGCGGGUGCACUGCACUAUAGUGAUGAAGUAGAGAUUAUCCGUGGGCUCACACGCAUGCCCAGCGGGCGAGAUGAGCUCAAGGCUAGUGUGGAUGCAGUCAAGUACUUCGGCAAGGGCACUUACACUGACUGUGCAAUCAAGAAGGGGCUGGAGGAGCUUCUCAUAGGGGGCUCCCACUUAAAGGAGAACAAGUACUUGAUUGUAGUGACUGACGGACACCCGCUGGAGGGUUACAAGGAGCCCUGUGGGGGCCUGGAGGAUGCAGUGAAUGAGGCCAAGCACCUGGGCAUCAAAGUCUUCUCUGUGGCCAUCACACCUGACCACCUAGAGCCACGUCUAAGCAUCAUCGCCACAGACCACACGUACCGGCGCAACUUCACAGCAGCUGACUGGGGGCACAGCCGCGAUGCAGAGGAGGCCAUCAGCCAGACCAUCGACACCAUCGUGGACAUGAUUAAAAACAAUGUGGAGCAAGUGUGCUGCUCUUUCGAGUGCCAGCCUGCCAGAGGACCACCGGGGCCCCGGGGUGACCCUGGGUAUGAGGGAGAGCGAGGAAAGCCAGGUCUUCCAGGAGAGAAGGGAGAAGCUGGAGACCCCGGAAAACCCGGGGACCUUGGACCAGUCGGGUACCAGGGUAUGAAGGGAGAAAAAGGGAGCCGUGGGGAGAAGGGCUCCAGAGGACCUAAAGGCUACAAGGGUGAGAAGGGCAAGCGUGGCAUCGAUGGAGUGGAUGGCAUGAAGGGGGAAAUGGGAUACCCAGGGCUGCCAGGUUGCAAGGGCUCGCCAGGAUUCGAUGGAAUUCAAGGACCCGCGGGCCCCAAGGGUGAUGCUGGUGCCUUUGGACUGAAAGGAGAAAAGGGUGAAGCUGGAGCAGAUGGUGAGGCGGGGAGACCAGGGAGCUCAGGGCCACCUGGAGAUGAGGGUGAGCCUGGAGAGCCUGGUCCCCCUGGAGAGAAAGGAGAGGCCGGUGAUGAGGGGAACGUUGGUCCAGAUGGUGCCCCUGGAGAGAGGGGUGGCCCUGGAGAAGGAGGACCUCGGGGAACUCCCGGUGUGCGGGGCCCAAGGGGAGACCCGGGCGAAGCUGGACCCCAAGGUGACCAGGGAAGAGAAGGCCCUGUCGGCAUCCCUGGAGACCCGGGUGAGGCUGGCCCCAUUGGACCUAAAGGAUACCGAGGUGAUGAGGGCCCCCCAGGCCCUGAGGGUCUCAGAGGGGCCCCAGGACCUGCCGGCCCCCCUGGAGAUCCAGGGUUGAUGGGUGAAAGGGGUGAAGAUGGUCCCCCAGGAAAUGGCACCGAAGGUUUCCCAGGCUUUCCUGGGUAUCCAGGCAGCAGGGGCCCCCCUGGGCUGAAUGGCACAAAAGGCUACCCUGGCCUCAAGGGGGAUGAGGGUGAAGCCGGGGACCCUGGAGAGGAUAACAAUGACAUUUCACCCCGCGGGGUCAAAGGGGCAAAGGGGUACCGUGGCUUGGAAGGACCCCAGGGACCUCCAGGACACGUGGGACCACCUGGGCCAGAUGAAUGCGAGAUCUUGGAUAUCAUCAUGAAAAUGUGCUCCUGCUGCGAAUGUACAUGUGGCCCCAUCGACAUUCUCUUCGUGCUGGACAGCUCUGAGAGUAUCGGCCUGCAGAAUUUCGAGAUUGCCAAGGACUUCAUUGUUAAGGUCAUUGACAGACUGAGCAAGGAUGAGCUGGUCAAGUUUGAGCCAGGGCAGUCGCAUGCAGGCGUGGUGCAGUACAGCCACAACCAGAUGCAGGAGCAUGUGGACAUGCGGAGCCCCAACAUCCGCAACGCUCAGGACUUCAAAGAGGCUGUCAAGAAGCUGCAGUGGAUGGCGGGUGGCACGUUCACAGGAGAGGCACUGCAGUACACCCGGGACCGGCUGCUACCACCUACCCAGAACAACCGCAUUGCUCUGGUCAUCACAGAUGGGCGCUCUGAUACUCAAAGGGACACCACACCCCUCAGUGUGCUCUGUGGCCCAGAUAUUCAGGUGGUCUCCGUGGGCAUCAAGGAUGUUUUUGGCUUUGUUGCGGGCUCUGACCAGCUCAAUGUCAUUUCCUGCCAAGGCCUGUUAUCCCAAGGCCGGCCAGGCAUCUCCCUGGUGAAGGAGAGCUAUGCAGAGCUUCUGGACGACACCUUCCUAAAGAACAUCACAGCCCAGAUCUGCAUAGACAAGAAGUGUCCGGAUUAUACCUGUCCAAUCACGUUCUCCUCCCCUGCUGACAUCACCAUCCUGCUGGACGGCUCUGCCAGUGUAGGCAGCCACAAUUUCGACACUACCAAGCUCUUCGCCAAGCGCCUGGCUGAGCGCUUCCUGUCUGCAGGCCGGACGGAUCCCUCCCAGGAUGUGCGGGUGGCCGUGGUACAGUACAGCGGCCCGGGCCAGCAACAGCCGGGACGACCAGCUCUUCAAUUCUUACAGAACUACACUGUGCUGGCCAACUCUGUGGACAACAUGGAUUUCUUCAACGAUGCCACUGACAUCAAUGACGCCCUGAGCUACGUAACGCGCUUCUACCGGGAAGCCUCUUCAGGAGGCACCAAGAAGAGGGUGCUGUUGUUCUCAGAUGGUAAUUCACAGGGGGCCACAGCAGAGGCCAUUGAGAAGGCUGUGCAGGAGGCCCAGCGUGCAGGCAUUGAGAUCUUUGUGGUGGUGGUGGGACCCCAGGUGAAUGAGCCUCAUAUCCGAGUGCUGGUCACUGGCAAGACCGCAGAGUAUGACGUGGCCUUUGGUGAGCGCCACCUAUUCCGCGUGCCGAGUUACCAGGCCUUGCUUCGCGGUGUCUUCUACCAGACAGUCUCCAGGAAGGUGGCACUGGGCUAGAGGGUCACCCAUAUGACUAUACACGUGGGGGCACACUUUGACAGGCCUCCCUGCCCCUCCCGCCACUGACCAAACAGGAAAAGAAAAUGUGACCUGAAUUUUCCUGACCAACUGGUCAGCUUGACUGUUUUAAAGGGAACGCUUGGAAAGCCGAGAUGCACACUACUUUGUAUCAUGUCCUCCGUGGUUCACCCCAGCUCCUGUUUGUAACCCUCCCUUGAUUCAUGCAGCAUUGCAGCUACCCUGCCGACCUCCUUCUGUACCUGGGUUGUGUCCAGCCAUCUCAAUUCCUUUCUCGCUACUCCUUCUCUGUUUCUGGUAUCUUCACAGCACUCCUGCGGUUUCCCUGUGAGUCACAUCUUACUCAAAGUCAAAGCAAGCCCUGCCCAUCAGUUCAGUUUGUUGGAUUAUGGCUUUUGGGAAACUGAGAUCAAGAGGAUUUUCAAACACAAACCUUAAGGAGCCCACUCUUCUUCAUCAGGUGCUUGUCAGUGACCAAUGUAGACCUUGGUCCUGGCCCGUUGUGGCUCAGCAUGAGGAGCAGGAUGCUGGCUCCAGCCUCUCGUCCUUGUACUCCAAGAGCCAAAGUGCUGCCCACAAGGGCCCCACAUUUAUACAGAGGUCUGACCUGGACAGUACACGUGUUAAGUGUUCUGUCAGAAUCCAGAGCUCUUUUUCCUCAAAAUUGCGGCUCAUCCUUCAUCUUAUUGAAGACCCUCUUUAGAUAAUUUUUUUUCCUGUUCCCUCAUUCUCCUCAGUCUGGAGGCAACUCUGCUAAUAAAAGUUUAUAUUUAC